GCACAGUUCGGUUUCAGCGCCUCCAGUUGCUUACACGUCCUAGCUGCUGUCGCCUUCAGCUCCGGAUGCCUCUGCUCGUCGGCACCCGGGCCGCCUGACUGCAGCAAUGAGCGUGCUCUGCCCGGAUCGAGCCUGCUGCCCUCUAGAUUAGUCCCUGCCGCAGCCCUCGGACCCGCCCGCGCUAUGGAAUCCCCCGCCUCCAGCCAACCUGCUGGCAUACCCCAGUCCAAAGGAAAAUCCAAGAGGAAGAAGGACUUACAUAUAUCCUGUGUGUCCAAGCCGCCCAUGCCCAACCCCACCCCCCCCAGGAACCUUGACUCCCGGGCUUUCAUCACCAUUGGAGACAGGAACUUUGAGGUAGAGGCUGAUGACCUGGUGACGAUCUCAGAGCUAGGGCGCGGAGCCUAUGGCGUGGUGGAGAAAGUACGGCACACCCAGAGCGGCACCAUCAUGGCUGUUAAGCGGAUCCGGGCCACCGUGAACUCCCAGGAGCAGAAGCGUCUGCUUAUGGACUUGGAUGUGAACAUGCGCACGGUUGACUGCUUCUACACUGUCACCUUCUAUGGGGCCCUCUUCAGAGAGGGAGAUGUGUGGAUCUGCAUGGAACUCAUGGACACAUCCCUGGACAAGUUCUACCGUAAAGUGCUUGAUAAAAACAUGAUGAUUCCAGAGGACAUUCUGGGGAAGAUUGCUGUGUCUAUCGUGAGGGCGCUGGAGCACCUGCAUAGCAAGCUGUCCGUGAUUCACAGAGAUGUAAAGCCAUCUAAUGUCCUCAUCAACAAGGAGGGGCACGUGAAGAUGUGUGACUUUGGGAUCAGCGGCUACUUGGUAGAUUCUGUGGCCAAGACACUGGAUGCCGGCUGCAAGCCCUACAUGGCUCCGGAGAGAAUCAACCCAGAACUGAACCAGAAGGGCUACAACGUUAAGUCUGACGUCUGGAGCCUCGGCAUCACCAUGAUCGAGAUGGCUAUCCUACGGUUUCCUUAUGGGUCCUGGGGGACCCCAUUCCAGCAGCUGAAGCAGGUGGUGGAGGAGCCGUCUCCCCAGCUCCCAGCUGACCGUUUCUCUCCUGAGUUUGUGGACUUCACUGCACAAUGCCUGAGGAAGAACCCUGCCGAACGCAUGAGCUACCUGGAGUUGAUGGAACAUCCUUUCUUCACUUUGCACAAAACCAAGAAGACAGACAUCGCUGCUUUUGUGAAGGAGAUCCUAGGAGAGGACUCAUAGGGGGCAAAGCCCUCCAGCAGCCCAACGCCCCUCUGCUGGGGCAGUGCUUGCCCACGCCCAUAAGCCGUUGCUACCCUGGCCUUGGGCAUUCUGGGAGGCGUCAUGGGAGCUGGUCCCAAGUCCCAAAGAACCAGACUGUCAGGGCUUCCUGCCAGGCCUAGAUGGGCCCCACCAGUGCCUCUGUCCCGUACCAGUG